UGCGCACACCAAAAGAAGAUACAGCAGGAUUUAAUACGGAGAGGAUGUGGUAAAACUAGCCGGUAAUGUCACUGUCAGCGUCAUAUUCUCCUUUCCGGUGAUGCCUUUUUUUUUUUUUUUUUUUUAAUCUUAUUGUGCCUUAUGUCCUGUAAGCACAGUUCAAUGAGUAGCCUGUAACCCGCCGACUGCCACGGCCAGACGCCGGGCUGAAGCGAACCGGCUCGAGGGAGGAAAUGCGACGACAUUCUAAGAAGAAUGUUGUUUUGGCAGUGCUGCUCAUCAUCGGAGGAUUAUAUUUCAUUAGCCAUUCGAACUUCCUUAUUGCUGGCCCAGCAAGGCCACAGGAACCAAUCCCAAAUGAGUUAAGUUGGCAAGCGGAGAGGUUGGUUAGUAAGGAGUCCUGGGUGGAACGGGGAGACUACCUGCCUCUCAAUGUGUCCUAUCAGCUACUGGCUGGAGCUCCAUCCACUCAACAGAGGUAUUUAUCAGUUGGAUUAUCAUCGGUGAAGAGGAAGAAGGGCAGCUAUCUAAUCCCCACCUUGCAGUCCCUCUUCUCCCAGUCCUCUCCUGAAGAACGCUCCUCCAUGGUGGUGGUAGUGCUGCUAGCAGAUUUCGAUGUCAGCUGGAGAGUCACUACAGUGAGGGAGAUCAAAACUGCAUUUGCCUCGGAGCUAGAACAGGGCCAGCUGGUGGUCCUCCAUGUUCCUCAGGAUGUUUACCCUCCUGUUACAGGUCUGAAAAGGAACUACAACGAUGCUCCAGAAAGGGUAACGUUCCGCUCCAAGCAGAACCUGGACUACGCCUUCCUGAUCCACUACUGUGCCAGCCUUGGUCAAUUCUACCUCCAACUGGAGGACGAUGUCUCUUCCGCAAAAAAUUUCCUUUCCACCAUCAGGAGGCGCGUUGAGGAGCAAGAGGCGAAGAAGACCACCUGGGCAAUGCUGGAGUUCUCGGCCCUCGGCUACAUCGGCAAACUCCACAAAUCGGCUCAUCUUCCUGUCCUGGCCCGCUUUCUCUUCCUCUUCUACCAGGAAAUGCCCUGUGACUGGCUGAUGACGCGCUUCCGAGACUUGAUGACCCAGAAAGAGACAAUCAUCUUCAAGCCCUCACUGUUCCAGCACAUGGGGACUUUCUCCUCGUUCCAAGGGACAUACAACAAGCUGAAGGACAAGGACUUUGAGGAGGGUUUCUAUACCAAUCCUAUAGCUGAGGUUUAUUCUGAUAUGUCGACGUACAAGAAACAAUUCCCCAAACUGGCCUGGGAACCUGGCGAGGGAUUUUUCUGGGGGCGCUCCCCGGAAAAAGGAAACCACCUGACUGUGGUGUUCACAGACCCGACAGUCGUGACGGGUAUGUAUGUCGAAACAGGGUCAGGGGGCAAAGACCUCCUAGAGUCGGCUCACGUGCAGCUAGGCCACGACGUGAUUACCACAGAGAAAGAGGAGAAGAGUUGUAAAGAGUUCCAGACAGUGGGGACGUUAGAGAAUGGGAAGUUUGAGAUGCAGGACAUGGACAAACAGUAUGGCUCUGCCUCUUCCUGUCUGAGGAUACAAGUCACAGCUGCACAGAAGGAUUGGGUGAUCAUCAAGAAAAUCAGGAUCUCAACAAAGCCGAGUACGCCUCCACGCCAAGCCUAGGAGGGAAAUUGUUCUCCCUGCGGCCGAUGAAUGAAUUGUCUUUGUUUGAUCUGCAGGACGUUGUAUGCAGGCUGGACAUGUGACUUUAGUGCCUUGUUCAAUAGUUUCAUCAACAACACAAAAAUCCAGGUCUUAACGCCACUGUGUGAAGCUACUGUAAAUGAUCAUGUCUGAUUAAGCUUUGUGAUAACUUCUUGUCUUUUCAACCUGAGGGGAUUUGCAAAGAUAAAAGUGCAUUCAUCUAUAGGAAAGCAGCUGCAAGGGCCAGAUGUAUAAACAGUGUGUACGCACAAAACCAUGCACAUGCCUUUUCCCACACAUAUUUAUUAUGGAAAAAUAUGUAACUCCCGUGUACCAUACCACUGUGUGUACACCCUUUUUUAUAGAGUAAGCCAGGUGGGAUAUGUUGAAGUGGAAAUGAAAAAUAAUGUGAGACAUAGAAUGUAAAAAAGAUCCAAACAGACAAUUUCACAAGGCUUCCAUUUCUAAUUAUUCUUUUUUUGCUGUACACACAAACACACACACACACACACACACCUGUUUGUUGCAGCAACACACACUUAAUUUGUUCAACAUUUUUCCCAUUUGUUUUUUUUAAAUUAUAUCAUAAGACAUUCUGUAAACAGUUAUUAACUAAAUAAUUGUUAGCUAUAUAAUUGCUAUUUAUGAGCCUCUGAUGAGAAUUGAGGCAUCACUGCUGAUGAUAGUUUAUGUGUAGUGAUUAGUGAACAACACUGGGGAUGCUAUAAAUAGCUGCAGCUGUGCAUAACUGUUGUGCGUAAGGAUGGCUGCUCUGGCUUCAUGGGAAGGAUCUUGCAAACGAGACUAUAAGACGAGAAUGAUUAUUUUGCAAUCGUUCUGGUUUCCUGGCUUGCGGUUUAGGCUUCCAGGGGCUUCAAGGGUCCGGCUUUAGAGCGCCAGACCCAGAGAAACCAUGCAAUUCCUGUCAAUCUUCAGGUAUCUCUUGGGUUCCUUGCAAACGGGGACAUUUCAGAAGGAGCUGGCGGACAGGUCUGGAAUAUCUCAGUCAACAUUAAGCCGUGUCAUGUCCAUCUUGUUUCUCACUAGCUAACAAGCUGCAGAGCCACUCCCUGGGAUUGGCGCCUUUGUUGGAGGAUUCCCCUGUCCGGAUUGAUCGGGCGUUUUCAGACUGGCUCCAAUCAGUUUUUGAUCUCUGAUGUGUCCAGUCCAGUCCACCAAUCCCACGGCUGUGAUGUGCAUUCAUGUUGAUUUGUAAUGACAUCCAGGACUCCCAGCGGGGACUGCUGGGAUUUUCAUUGAACAGUUCACCACUGUGCUUCUUAGGGACGUUGUUAAAUGGGAUGCUGUGUAUUUGAACCUUGGGUUUACGCUUGAAAAGCUGAACUAGUUUUGGGACUGGGCAGGGAUUCGUUUAUUCUUGUGUGUUUUGCAUUUUCCUUUUCUUUGUUCUCAAAUCGACAGUUGUCGCUCCUUUAAUUAAAGGUGCACUAAGACUAAACGAUAUUGUGUUUAGCAUCGACAUCGCGAUGUGCGCAUGCGCGAUGGUCACAUCGAUGUUGACGUUAAAACGUUUAUGCUGCUUGAUAGAAAAGUUGAACUUUUAAGUGAUUAUUACCGUCCGACCCUUCCCCUUUUAAGACAAGUAGCCAUGUGGGCAGCGUGUGUAUGUGACGUUAGUCCGACGGGGUGUGUUAUGGCAAUUAAGUCUCCGUGUGUAGAAAAGUACCGAAGGCUUCUGCUGACGCAGUGAUGCGCAUAGUUUUGACGAGUAGCCUGUGAAGCUACAGCAGUCAAUGUUUUAUGUUCGCUGCAAAUAUAAACUAAAUCACCUGAUUAAUGCAACAUAAUCACAACGCCAUUUCCCCCCGCAGAAAGCUGCUACCAGCGUCUAAACUAAUGUAGUUCCUAAAGAAACAAGCAAAAGCUGCUACCAGCCAUCUAAAGCUAAUGUAUUUAGCCCAAAACAAGCAAAGCUGCUACCAGCCAGGCUAAAGCUAAUGUAGUUAGCCUAAAGAAACAAGCAGAAAGCUGCUACCAGCCAGCUAAAGCUAAUGUAGUUAGCCUAAAAACAGCGAAAGCUGCUACCAGCCAGGCUAAAGCUAAUGUUUUAGCCCAAGAAACAAGCAGAAAGCUGCCCACCAGGCUAAAGUAAUGUAGUUAGCCCAAGAAAACAAGCAGAAGCUGCUACCAGCCAGGCUAAAGCUAAUGUAGUUAGCCCAAAGAAACAAGCAGAAAGCUGCUACCAGCCAGGCUAAAGCUAAUGUAGUUAGCCCAAAGAAACAAGGGGUCCGUCCGUCCCAACUAACGUUACGGUUCGGAGCCGCGACACUGGAAACGUAACACUAAUCUACUACAAAAGUCUGUGUCUGUGUCUGAUCUUACGUAAUUUCCACUGAUUCAACUGUUCUUGGAAACACAGAGCUUGUUGCUAGCGUGCGUGACGUGCAGGUCUGAUCAAUAUAUCAAACUAACGAGCCGGCUCCGCUAGUCGACCACAACCUGGAGUUUAGAGGAAGCGACAUGCAGUCAUUGUCAUUGAUUAUGAUAUGAAUACAAUGGUGUCACGCUAGUCAACCAGCGUAUUUCUACCUAUUUUCCCUCCAAAAUCACUUCAGAAGAGUAACGUUUUCAACGCAGUAGUCAAGAAUAAUUUAUUAUUUCCAAAUAGAGCUAUUUAUGUCAUCUUUUAAAAAUUACUUUUUCUUUUUUCAUAUCGCAAUAUAUAAUCGCAGGGGGGAAAAAUAUCGCAAUGUCAGAUUUUUCCAUUAUCGUGCAGGCCUAAGGUGCGCUAUGAUUUCCAGCUUGGUUUCAGCGCGAUUUCAUUGUCUCCUAUCUAGUCAUCUGUCCUUGAUCCGCUAGCUGCCCGCCCCCUGAAUCCACCGUGAAAAAGCCCGGUCUCAGGAGACCACACAGGGGUCGUAAACGUCAAACAAACACCAGGGACACAGGAUAGG